AUGCUAUCCCGACGGAUUGCUACCGCCGCUGCGCGGUCAGCGCGACCUUCACUACGGCCUUCAACCCACAUUCCAAGAGCUCAGUUCUCAGUAGCCAUGCGCAGGCAGGCCGAGGAGAAGAAGGAAGAGACAGAGGAACUCGAGAACGGCGGCUGGAUCAACCCUCCCAGGAUCAAACGCCAAUACCGCGAUCCCUAUGCCGACUGGACCGACAAGAUCGAGCGGAGAAACUGGGGCGAACCUGUUCACGAGGACAAUGAUGUCUUGGGAAUGUUCUCGUUAUAUGAGUACACACACAUGAGCCCAGCCAGAGCAGGUAUCAUGUGGCUAGGCUUCCUCGGCUGCAUCGGUGCAUUGAGCUACGCGGUUUAUGCUACAAUGCCAGACUACCCAGUAUUUCCGAAGGAAUAUGAGGGUGGGCUCGAUAGGGAACUGGGAGGCAUGGGUGCAGUCAGAGCAUUCCAGAAGGGUGACACGCUGGAGACAACGGAGAAGGAGUUUGAGAUGUGA